ACAUCUAGUGACCACAACCACACAACUACUGAUCACUCAACUGCUGACCACAACCACACAACUACUGACAACAACCACACAACUUCUGACCACAAUCACAAAGCUGCUUACCACAGCUACUGACAGCAACUACUGACCACAACCACACAACUUCUGACCACAUCUAGUGAACACAACUACACAUCUACAGACCACAACCACACAUCUGACCAUAUAACUACUAUGUUGUCUCACCAACUUUUGACCACAACUACUGACCGCUACUACUGACUAUUGAUGGGAAUUUAAAAUUUCACUAUUAAAAUAAUAUAAUUGAAAUUCAACUUUUUAAACUUAUUUCACUACCACAAAAAUACGAAAGAGCUUUAGCAAGCUACAAUCUCGUUGUAUACAGGUUCACACAGCAUAGACGAGCAAAGGAGAUGAGACCGAUUACAGGCAUUUAGAAUAUUGCGCAAAAACAUACAUUCUAAUUCAUUAUAUAUCGCCCAACCAGACUUGAGGGGGAAGCUGGUUCCACCAUUGGGGAGCCAGGACAGAGAAGAGCUUGAACUGGGAUGAGCGGGAGCUGCCCUCCAGGGAGAGCCAAGAGACUAGAAGUGGUAGAACGGAGUGUUGGGGUGUAGGGUUUGAGCAUAGCCUGAGGGUAGGGAGGGGCAGUUCCUCUUGCUGCUCCUUAGGCAACCACCAUGGCCUUGUAGUGGAUGCGAGCUUCGACUGGAAGCCAGUGGAGUGUGCGGAGGAGUGGGGUGACGAGAGAACGUGAGAAGCUUGAAAACCAGGCAAGCUGCAACAUUCUGGAAAAGUUGCAGGGGUUUGAUGGCACAAGCGGGGAGACCAGCCAAAAGCGAGUUGCAAUAGUCCAGACGGGAAAUGACAAGUGCUUGGAUUAGGACCUGCACAGCUUCCUCAGUGAGGUAGGGCUGUACUCUACAGAUGUUGUAGAGCAUGAACCUGCAGGAGCGAGUCACUACUUUGAUGUUUGCAGAGAACGACACAGUGUUGUCCAGGGUCACGCCAAGGUUCUUUGCACUCUGGGAGGGUGACACUGUGGACUUGUCAAAUGUGAUGGAGAGGUCUUUGAGCAGGCAUAUCUUCCCCGAAGCUCUUGUUGAGCUUGAGGUGGUGGGCCAAAGAGCCAUUGUCAGGAAAUGAUUUUUAUCAAGGUGUCAAGCUCAUUGAGGAACUCGCCAAGGGCACCUAGUGGGCGAUAGAUGACAAGCUUGAGUGGACAAGUGACAGUGACCGCAUUGAAUUAAAAUGAGUAGAUGGACAGGUGAGAGUAUCUCUAGUUAGGAGAAAUUAGUAGCCUUGUGCCACCACUCCAACGACCAGAUGCUCUUGGACUAUGAGAGAGAACUAGUCAGAUGAAGAGAGAGCAACUGGAGUAGCAGUAUUCUCUAGGGUGAUCCAUGUCUUGUCAAAAAGUUUACGACCUGAAGGGCAGCAUAGACUGAAAUUAACUCUGCGUUCUAAAUCACAAGUUAUGUCAAUGUAUUGUCAUGUUGUUUUUCGCUUAUCUGUCUGCCUAUUGACACUGUCAUCAUCAUGUGCUGUUAUGGAUACAGUUGAUUUAUUGCACCUGAAAGCAUCUCUACCUUCCAAUGGGCGAGGAAAAGCCAGAGACGUUGGACUUUGUCAAAGACUUCCAAGAGUAUCUCAGCCAGCAGACUCAACAUGUGAACAUGAUCUCGGGCUCCGUCAGUGGAGUCAAAGAGAUGGACGACCUACCAGCAGAUUGCAGUCAGAAUGGAUUAGACCACCCCUCAGCGGAUAUGUCCCUUGAUGACGGCUCAGGGAUGCUGGUGGAUGGCUUCGAGAGAACAUAUGACGGCAAACUCAAGUGCCGUUACUGUAACUAUGCUACCAGAGGCACAGCACGACUCAUUGAACAUAUCCGCAUUCACACUGGAGAGAAACCCCACAGAUGCCAUCUGUGUCCUUUUGCCUCUGCCUAUGAGCGCCACCUAGAGGCCCACAUGCGCUCCCACACAGGAGAAAAGCCUUACAAGUGUGAGCUGUGUUCCUUCCGCUGCAGCGACCGCAGCAACCUUUCACACCACCGGCGCCGCCGCCACAAGCUCUUACCCAUGAAAGGUGCUCGCUCUUCUCUCUCCCACAAGAAGAUGCUGAGCGUCCUGCAGAAGAAGACCAGCCUGGGCUAUGGUCGCCGGCUCCUCAUCAACUUCAGCCCCCCCUCCAUGGUGAUGCACAAGGCUGAGCACCUGGACGACUACUCCCACGAACUGCCCCACCUGCGCCAGGAGACCUACGACGACCAGGGUGCUGGUGGAGAUGGAAGCUCCAGGGACAAUCACCACCAUCACCACCACAACCUGGUCAUGGAAAACCCCCUCAAUCAGCUCUCCACCCUGGCUGGUCAACUGGCCAACCUCCCCUCUGAAGCUGAGGGCGAGACCCAACAGCCUCCCAUAUCUCCAGGUGCAGAGUCCUGUGUGGACGAGAAGCCCUUCCUCAUCCAGCAGCCUCUCCCAGCCACCGCUUCUGCUGCUGCGUCAGCCAGCACUGCCCAUGCUGCCUCCUCCUCCCCCAUCACCCCAGAGCCCAGGCCCCCACCACACAGCAACUGCAGCCCCGGGGCAGGUCCCUGCAGCGAGCACAGCGGGCGCACCAGUACCCCCAGCAUCACCAAUAGCCAGCCCAGCACACCAGUCCCGGGCCUGCCCUCGUUGCAUCAAGACCCCCAGAUGCUGCACCACUGCCAGCACUGUGACAUCUACUUCCCUGACAACAUCCUGUACACCAUCCACAUGGGCUGCCACGGCUACGAGAACCCCUUCCAGUGCAACAUCUGUGGCCACAAGUGCAGGAGCAAAUAUGACUUUGCCUGUCAUUUUGCCAGGGGACAACAUAAGCAGUGACUUGUCACCGGGUCAGUGGCGAAGGACUGGAGAUGAUUGAAGGUGUUUUUAUUUAAUUCCAUAAUGGUGAUUUUUAUUUAUUGCUGUUGAUCUUUCUGAAAUUGGACAUGAUGUAGCCUUUGCAAAUUCUGUAGAGUGAAUUUGAUUUUACAGGAAAGAAAAUAACAUUUGACAGUGCCCAUGUGAAUGUAAUGUGUAGGGAUGGAGUGGUUUAGAGGUACAACUCACUUGACCGGUUUGAUCGUUAAACAUUCCUUAUGUGGGUUUUUUAACAUGAACACCAUUUUCAGCCUUACUAACAUACUGUAGUUAUAGAUGCUAACAUUUUAUGAGAGCGCUCGUUUAUCGGCUUUAACCGUAACCCACCACACCAUUUCAGAGUGCAACGACGGCACCAUUCAUGCCUCCCAACAGUGCCUACCAUAUUCACAAUCACUUUACAUUUGUACAUUUGACAUCUUUAUUUUUUUUCUGUUUGUUUUCUUUAGAUGCAGAUGUUAUGUUGUCGUUUGAUGGAUUUGUAAACAGUGCCCUUCCUUCCUUAACCAUCAGCUUUUUGCUAAUUGGGUGUCGUGGAAGAUAAAGCAUAACCUUAUACAUCGUGACAUUUAAAUGGAAUAUGUCAUUGUGAGAUCCAAUACCUCUACUGUCAAAGCAUUAUCACCAUAUAUUUUCUAUUUUUUAUCAAUCCCGUUCAGUCCAGAAUUGCCAAGUAGCACCAGAGAUGCCAUGUUUUAGCAUACAUGCCAUGCCUUUUGGAUUUCUUCUGUCCUUAUAUAAUCAAGGCAUUGCAUAUUAGGGAUCUGUGCUUUCUUAGAUAUUUAUUGAGCAUUGUAAUCUACAUUUCCCGGUCGGUUAGGUGUUGUGUCAAUGAAGUUGAAAUUAUACUGAAGUGAAUAUUACUGCCUUAGCAGGGUUGUUUUGUAUUGGAUACUGUUGUGUCUGCAUAGCAACAUUUGUGGAGAACAUAGUUACUGUUUCUAGGACUAAUUGCAUGUCACCAUGCUUACAGGCGUCCAAUGAUUGAGGGGUUACGUAAAGGGGAAGACCUUGUAAGGGAGUUUGUUUAAUGUGUUGUAUCUUGAUAGAGCAGGUGAAUGUAGAAGCGUUUUGGCGAUCAUCAUGUCCCCUUGGAUGACAAAUUGUUUUAUGUGAGCGGAAUAUUAACACAUUUCUAAGUAAAGUGUUUUCUAAACAGA